CUCGCCCACCGUGGACCAGGGUCCGGCAAUGGGCCGGCUGAGGUCGGCCGGGCUGCUGCCGCUGCCGGCCCCGCAGCCCACCGACCUGCCCAAGCAGCUGCCGCCCAUGACCGGCGACGUCGCCGACGAGGCCGCCCACGCGCAGCACCAGUUCAUCGAGCUCUGCAACAACAUGAACGGCAUGGGCGGCAUCAACGGCUACGAUCUGCCCGGACUGGGGCUGCUCGACAUCACCCGUCUCACCGCCCUGCCCGUCGGCCAGUUCGCCGACUUUUACGCCGCCGCCCAGCACACCCAUGACCCAGAAGCCACGCUCUGCCGGCCCGGUGAGCUCUCGCUGAAGAUGGCCACCCACCACCCGAAGCUACACGUGCGGCACGACCCAUACGGCCGCGUCCUCAUGAAGACGUCCUAAGCACCGCGCCACAGCGCCUCAUUGUCCGUCUACGAGCCGAGCGUGGCGCGGGCGUGGCGGCUCCACCGAUUUCAAAACUCGCGUCCGUGGCGUGCCGGGGACGCCACGCGUCAAACUGAACACGUGGCACGUGCGUCAGCCGAAGGCGAGGACGCGCGCCGCCAGUUUUGGACGCGUGACGCGUGUAAGUGCGGGAACGGUGUCGCGGACGCGCUUCGUCCGGCGUGGACACGUGGCACGUGCCCGCGUGGAGACGUCAUGGAGACCAGAGAGCUGCAGCCCUGGACACGUGGCACGUGCACGCGUGGAGACGUCAUGGAGACCGGAGAGCUGCAGUCCUGGACACGCGGCACAUGCACGCAUGGAGACGUCAUGGAGAGUGGAGAGCUGCAGUCUUGGACACGUGGCACGUGUAAGUGUGGAGCAGUGGAGAGGCGCACGAAGGGUAGUCGUUGUUUUGUACCUGUGAUAUACAGUGUAGAAUCUGUCCGAGCCCGAAAUAAAUCAGCACGUAGUGGUAGCCUCACCAAA